AUGGAGUUUAAAUUUGAUAUAAAUAAAAUUUUAAAAUCGCCAAUCAUAAAAAUUUAUAACAACCUACUACCAGAAAAUUUUAAAGGUGACAAGAAAACAGCUGAUGACGUGGCGACCAAAAUCGAAGAAAUUAUCAACAAAUUGGGUCAAGCAUCUGCAAAUGCUCAAAACUUAUCUCAGCCAAUAACCACAGCGGAAAAAUUUAUAAAUAAAGAUCAGAAUAUAUAUUUGUUAAUUGACGAAAAAGGACAAAGUGGUCGUGGCAAUGUAACCGGAAUUUUAAAAACAGGCAGAAAAAAGCUCUACCUUUUUGAUGAUAAAGGUGAACAAAAACAGGUAUUUCCAAUAUGUUUGCUAGACUUUUAUAUCCAUGAAUCCCAACAAAGAUCUGGUAAAGGAAAAAUGCUUUUUGAGCAUAUGCUUAAAGUUGAACAUACACAACCAGCCCAUUUAGCAAUAGACAGGCCUUCAGCCAAACUGCUGAACUUCUUGGAAAAGCAUUAUGGAUUGUCAAGAAAGCUUCCCCAGUCUAACAACUUUGUCAUAUACGAUGGAUUUUUCAAUAACCCUAAAGAACUGCCACAUGUUCAAAAUGAUCGAAAGAAUUUUGGACAAGUUGACCAUAGUGACCAAUCACAAUUGCGCCAAGGAAGAUAUCCUAGACCUGCUUGUUCUAUGGGUCAGAUAAUGCAAACCGUUGCACCAGAAGGUGAUGUGCCACCCAACCAUAGUACCAGUACUAAGCCUAUUAUUUUGGGUAGUGAUAAUCAAGAUGCAAACUUUCCAACUUCUUCAACCAGACCGCGAUAUGUGAAUAACCAACAGCAGUCCACUGUAAAACAUCUAUUCAUCAAUCGUGCUCCGUUCCGGCAUGCGAUUUAG